AUUUUGAGCUUCUUUGAGUAGGAACAGAAAUCACGAGAUACACUUUCCCAGACUACCGAAUUGAUGCGUGAUCUGCAAUCCGGGCGUGAUAUCUGUUUCCAGGAACUAGAAAAAAUAACAAAAUGAUCGAAAAAAACAUCUGCAGCUGAUCGCACAUAGUUCGUGAAGUAUGCAACAGUCCAACAACUAUGUACACACACGAGUGUAUGAGUUCAUAUAAAGUUGUAAAAAAAGAAAAAACAAGUUUUUUUAACCCUGAAAUAAUGAGUGCCGCUAAAACCAACUCAGAUGGUCAGAUCUGCGUUUUAGUGUGUACUGGGAGGAGUUUCACGUCACUGGAUCCAGCUGCUCUCUGCACGUCGGAUCACAACCAUCAGGCUGCACAUGGAGCAGCCUCAGUGUGUGAUGAAGGAACAUCCUGAUGGGAUAAGUCGUCACACUAUUGACAAUGAAAUCAGUUGCAGCAGCUGAUGCAGAUGGGCUCAGACACGCAGCGACUUUGUGCAACUUUUCCGCGAGUUUGGAGGAGCUGAGAUGAAGAGGACCUGAAGCUUUUACCACCGAACAAACCAAAGGUGGUCAUCAUGUCGUGGAUGAUCCUCCCCGUCAGCCUGCCUGUCUUCACCAUCACUGGGAUAUGGGUUGUAUAUGCGAUGUCCCUGUACAACCAGCAUGUCUGCCCCGUGCAAAACUGGCUUUAUAAUGAGUCAUGUGAGGAGAUGCUUCCACUGCAGAGGGGUCCAGUUCUGUGCUGCACCCUGGACAACAUACCACUCAUCAGUAAAUGUGGAACUCUUCCACCUGAAAGCUGCUUUUUCAGCCUUGUAUGCAGCACUGGAUCCUUUAUGGUGAUGCUGAUUGGCCUGCUGCGUUACGCUCAUGUCAUAGAGAAGCACCAGAACUGUGUCCUCAACACGGCCGGCCUCUCCAGCGCGUGGAUCUGUGCUGCCGGGCUCAUCAUGGUGGGAAACUUCCAGGUGGAUUUUGCCAAAGUCCUGCACUACGUCGGAGCCGGGGUGGCCUUCCCUUCUAGCAUGUUGUUUGUGUGUCUUCAGUCGGCUCUGACCUACAGACUGGCCAAAACCCAGGACGAGUAUCGCAUAGGUCAUCUACGUGUGGGGAUGUCCCUCCUGGCACUGAUCGCCCUGGUGCUCAGUGGAGUUUUCUUUUGCCAGGAGAGCUUCGCCCUGCAGCACGCCUCCGCCAUCUUUGAGUGGAUCUACUGCAUGCUCAUCAUGCUCUUCUUCGGGACUUUUGCCUUUGAGUUCGGGGGCAUGUCGGCGGACACGCUGAUGGUGCUGUCCAGAGGAGGAGGAGGAGGAGGAGGAGGAGUGCACAGCUUCUCCACCUCGGGACACAAGAUAGAGGUGGGCAGCGGCUCUAACCACCACCAGCCGGAGAGCUUAUCGAUGCUGUAACCAGACUGCAAAUUAGCUUCAGCAUCCCUGAAGGUCAAAGGGCGACACAUGGGCCGAUCUAGAAGACACCAACUCGGAGUCUCGAGACGCUGCAUCCUGCAUAUCGUCACGCUCACUAUAGCACACAGCCAAGCUGCCAAAGCUGUUUUGCUCAGCACUGACCAAAGACUUUUAUCCUGCUUUGCUUAAUUUAAGUGCAGGCUACAACUGCAAACCAUUGCACAAUAUCAUUAUCACAAAGUGCUUUUCUGAACACUGAAAGAGAUGCACGUGCGCACACUCACGCACACAGCCCUCGCUGUUUGUUUUAAUGCUCUUAAUGUAACAAUCACUCUCUGCAUUCUUGGCUGAAGUUGCCUUUUCUCAGACUGAGCGGGCUUCAGAUGUAGCGACGUCAGUUUGUUUGAAUGUUUAGACGUUCAGACACUGAGCUCUGUGUUGUUGUUUUUAACUCAGGAAGUUUUGUUACACAAGCAGCUUUUUGCUCUUUACCUAAAAUGAGGUAAGCUUUUCCAAAAGACAAUAGACGGACUAAAGGUUAGUGUGUGCCAAGAAUAAUUCAUUUAAUGUGGUUUAUUUGUUUUAUGGCAGGAAUAUGUCUUUAAAUUAAAAAAAGUAAUUUUUUUUUGUUUUUUAUGAUUUAUAGCAUUUUGUGCAACUCUUUAUGGCAAUAUUGCCCAAGUAGCUGUCUCAUAUUAAAGCUCAAAUAAGUUCUGUUGUAUAUUUUGUUGUAUCAGCUCUUUGCCAACAUGUUUUAUUAUUGCUCUCAGUAAGAAUGAAACUUUUACAGUUUGAAUGGGACCAAACUAUCUGUGAUGUCAUGCUGUAUUUGAUCAUAUGCAGAAAUACUUUUACAAGAAGUUCAAUAAUGUGUGCAGAGAACAAAAGAAUUAAAGAAAAUAGAACAAGAUGAAUUUCCUUCUUUUCAGUCAAACAUGCAGCC